GGAUGGCUCGUGGGUCAAGGCCCUUUCUGACAGGCCUGAUGUUUGAUCCCUUGAUUCACAUGGUGGGAGGCAAGAAUCACACAUGAGCCAUGACACAUGCACUCUAUAUACACAUACAAUCCUAAACAAAUACAUUAGCAGCCAUGACACACACAUGCUAUAUACACAUAGAAUCCUAAGCAAAUACAUUAGCAGCCAUGACACACACAUGCUAUAUACACAUAGAAUCCUAAACAAAUACAUUAGCAGCCAUGACACACACACCCUAUAUACACAUACAAUUCUAAACAAAUUCAUUAGCUAAUUAAAAAACAUCAACUGGGGAGCUAGAGAGAUGGUUCAGUACUGAGUACUUGCUGCUCUUUUAGAGGGCCCAGGUUCACCUCCCAGGUUAGGUUCCCAGCACCCACAUGGCAGCUCACAACCUGGAUCUGUAACUCCAGUUCCAAGGGAUCUGACACCCUCUUCUGGCCUCUCCAGACACACACGUGGUUGGCACACAUCCAUACUUGUAGGUAAACACUCACACAUAUAAAAAUCUUUAAAACAAUUAAACUGGGGAAAGAUUUUCGUUUUUUUUUUUUUAUUAUGGGUUGUGCACAUGGAGGUGAGUGGACAACUUUGUGGAGUUGGGUCUCCCCUUCCACCUUUCUGUGGGUUGUGUGAAUGAAACUCGGGUUGUCAGGCUUGUGUGACAGAUGCCUCAACCCACUGAGACAGCUCGCAAGCCCUUUUUUUGCUGUUGUUUGAGAUAGGAGCUCUAUGUAGCCCAGGCUGGCCUCGAACUCACAGAGAUCCACCUGUGUCUGCCUUGAAAGUGCUGGGAUUAAAGGUGUGCGCCACCAUGCCCAGCCACUGGUCUUUAAAAAGUAGAAUUCUCAGGGUUCCCUGACCGUGAAGGCUCAUACAUUCUACCCCCCAGUCCAGAGAAGGCUGCCUGCCUGGUUGGGCUGUCUUUCCAGUCAAGUGUUUGAUGGGCCUCAUUGGUUUGGUGAAGGAGAAUAGACAAUUACGUAAAUUCAUCUCAUGGUAAAGUUGCUCAGCUGGGCACAUCUGAGACCCUGGCUUCCACCCCAUUAUCAAAUAGGUGUGUAUAAUAGUUGUGUUUGGACUCCUCCGUGGGUAGCUUUGUCACCUCAGAGUCUGGGGUGACAGAUAAUCUCAGUGCUUCCGGUGCUAAUGGGACUGAGUUACCCUCACAGCACUGUCAAGUAGAGGAGCUGGAUACUGGUGUCAGCAGGGGAGGAGGGAAACUGGGAGAGGGGUGUGUGUGUGUGUGCGCGCGUGCGUGCGUGCGCGUGUGCAUGUACAUGUGUGUGGAGGCUGGAGGUCAGCCUUGGGCAACAUUCCUCAGAAGUUACCGACUUUAUACUUGAGACAGGGUCUCUCCCUGGGAGAGCUUGUGGCUUCUGCUGGGAGGGCCAGCCAGCCAGCGAGUCCAGGCUUCCCCCUGUCUCUGUGCUCCUCAGCAUGGGGGUGACCAGUGUGUAACACCAUGUCCAACUUACUAUGUGGGUCUGGAAAUAGAACUCACCAGCUGAGCCGUCUCCUCAGCCCCCUCAUUCACAGUUUUCUUAAUUAAUUUGUAUCAGAGCCUUAGGUACUUUAUUUAUUUCUGUGAUGCUGAGAUCAAACUUCAGCAUCUCAUGUGCUUCUCAUGUGCUGGACCACUGACCCUAUCCUCAACUUUAGAAAUUACGUUUAGAAGGACCAUACAUGUUAAUGUGUACUUUAAAAAAAAAAAAGAUUUAUUUAUUUAUUAUGUAUACAGUGUUCUGUUUGCAUGUAUCCAUGCAGGCCAGAAGAGGGCGCCAGAUCUCAUUACAGAUGGUGAGCCACCAUGUGGGUUCUGAGAAUUGAACUCAGGACCUCUGGAAGAACAGCCAGUGUUCUUAACCUCUGAGUCAUCUCUCCAGCCCCGAUAAUGUGUACUUUUAACCUCAGCACUCUCAGGCAAAGGCCAGGGAGAGUUCAAGGCCAACCUGGUCUACAUAGUGAGUUCCAAACCAGCCAGGGAUACAUAGUGAGACUCUGUCUCAAAAACAAACAAACAGACCGAACAUAAGGAUAUUAAGGAUACAGGGAUACUCCAUUUAAAUAGCCUGGUUGAAGUAAAUAAUACAUGUUUUAUAGGCCGAAAGAUACAUUGGAAUUGGGCAGUUUAUUCCAUGUGAUUGUGAUGUCUGGAAAUGAGGUGUGGUUUAUAAUGAUUUGAGCUAAUGCAUGUUAGAUAUUGGGAUGUAUUAUGGGUUUCUUUUGUGUGUAUGUUUUCUGUUUUAUGGUAUUUGUUUGUUUGAGGCAGCUUUUUAAUGUAGCCCUGGCUGUCCUGGUACUCAUUAGGUAGAUCGGGCUGUCCUUAAACUUGCAUUAAGCCUCCUGCCUCUGCCUCCCAAGUGCUGAGAAUACAGAUGUGUGCCACCGUGCCUGGCUUGUGUGACAGAUUGGCAUAUCCCUUUGAUGAUAGCUUUCCUGUUUCCUUCCCAGGCCUGUUUCCAGAAGUCAUGUGUUCAGGAACAUUCGUGCCAGCAUGACCUCAAAUGACUUAAGCCUGGGUCCUAGAGCCCAUUUCCCAUGCUGGCUGUUCUUAGUUUGGCCGUCAGUGUUGUCUUCUGUACAGGUCCUCUCCCUUCCUCCUUUCUCACUGUCAUCUCUCCUCAGCCUGGCUUCUCCUCAGCUGGUGUACUCAGCCCAAUCACUCAGCAGCCCAGCAAACCCAGCUACCCCAGGAAGGUCCCUCAACAGGAGUACUUACCCUUCCAUGCUCUUCCAGAGUAGAGAAAGUACCCUUCCCUGUGGGAGGGAGGGACUUCUACAUCUGUUAGGCCUUGCGACUGAUCUGGGGGAACCGAAGGGAGAAGGGAGUUUGAACAGGGAAAAACCUCUCCUUAGGACUCUCUCUUCCCUCUGCCGGCCCUGGGCAUGCCCCUCCUCUGGGCAUCUCUUCAGGAUUUCAUUCCUCAGUCCAACUGCCGUUCACAACUGCCCUUUCCAACUGCUCCAGAACUCUUGGCCCUGGCGUUCUGUGAUGUAAAUUAUUCCACGCAUGGCUUGAAAUGGGUGAGAAGCAGGGUUGCCAGGUGUCGGAUCACUAGUGUAAGUUGACUGGCUCUCGGGGGAGAACCUCUCCUAGAAUUUGUUGAGUUGUUACUGUCUGGGCCAGAGCUGUGCUGGCCAUGCUUGGGGCUGCUGCGGGCAGGGAGAGGGAGCUCUGGGCUGGAGUCGGGGGAAUUUCUGCGGGAGGUUUUCUUCUUUAAACACUCUCAGUCCAGGCAUGGAUUAUUCAGCAUUGAACUUAGACGGUAUCGCUGCACUGGGAAGCACCCGGGCCCCGUGGCCAGAGCCCGGACCGCCCGCAGCACAGGGCUUCCUGCUCUGUCUCCGGAUGUGGGAAGGACCCGCUUUCUGCCCUCCUAGAGAUCGCCAAAAUACGUUGAGAAAUCUAAAUUGCUCUCCGUGUUCAGAAGCGUCUAGUCACAUCACUGAAAGGCUUCGGAGUCUUUGUCAUGGAUGAUGAUGACGACUCGUGUCUCCUUGAUCUUAUUGGAGACCCACAAGCAUUGAACUAUUUUCUGCACGGACCUAGUAAUAAGUCGAGCAGCGAUGACCUGACCAGUGCAGGGUACUCUGCAGCCAAUUCAAAUUCAAUCUUCGCCAACUCCACGAACGCUGACCCUAAAUCGUCCCUCAAAGGUGUAAGUAGCCAGCUUGGAGAAGGGCCCAGUGAUGGACUGCCCCUUUCAAGUAGUCUUCAGUUUCUUGAAGAUGAACUUGAGUCUUCUCCUCUUCCUGAUCUCGGCGAGGACCAACCCUUUGAUAUUCUUCAGAAGUCCUUGCAGGAGGCUAAUAUCACUGAACAGACGUUGGCCCAAGAGGCGUACCUGGAUGCCAGUAUAGGCUCAAGCCCACAGUUUGCACAAGCUCAGCUUCAUCCUUCUUCAUCAGCAUCCUUUACUCAGGCUUCUACUGUUUCUAAUUACUCAGGUCAGACACUGCAGCCUAUCGGGGUGACUCACGUGCCUGUUGGAGCAUCGUUUGCAAGCAAUACAGUGGGUGUGCAACAUGGCUUUAUGCAGCACGUGGGGAUCAGUGUUCCCAGCCAGCAUUUGCCCAAUAGCAGCCAGAUUAGUGGCUCUGGGCAGAUACAGUUAAUCGGGUCAUUUGGUAGUCAGCCUUCCAUGAUGACUAUUAAUAACCUAGAUGGCUCACAAAUCAUAUUAAAAGGCAGUGGGCAGCAAACCCCAACCAAUGUGAGUGGAGGACUUCUGGUUCACAGACAGACUCCUAAUGGCAACUCGUUGUUUGGGAACUCCACCUCCAGUCCGGUAGCACAGCCUGUCACCGUUCCAUUUAACAGCACAAAUUUUCAGGCAUCUUUACCUGUGCAUAACAUCAUUAUUCAAAGGGGUCUCGCACCAAAUUCAAAUAAAGUCCCAAUUAAUAUCCAGCCAAAGCCGAUCCAGAUGGGUCAGCAGAAUACGUACAAUGUGAACAACCUGGGGAUCCAGCAGCACCAUGUACAGCAGGGGAUCUCCUUCGCCUCCGCAAGCUCACCCCAGGGCUCCGUGGUUGGUCCACACAUGUCUGUGAACAUUGUCAACCAACAGAACACCGCGAGAAAGCCUGUCACCUCCCAGGCCGUGAGCAGCGCAGGGGGCAGCAUCGUCAUUCAUUCCCCCAUGGGCCAGCCUCACACCCCCCAAAGUCAGUUCCUUAUACCUACCAGCCUUUCCGUCAGCUCCAACUCGGUACACCAUGUCCAGACCAUAAAUGGGCAGCUGCUUCAGACUCAGCCCUCUCAGCUCAUCUCUGGCCAAGCGGCCUCAGAGCAUGUCAUGUUGAAUAGGAAUUCUUCUAACAUGCUCAGGACCAACCAACCCUACUCUGGACAGAUGCUUAACAACCAGAACACCGCCGUCCAGCUAGUGUCUGGGCAGACUUUUGCCACCUCUGGAAGUCCAGUGAUUGUCAACCAUGCCUCUCCUCAGAUGGUUGGAGGACAGAUGCCCUUGCAGCGGGCAUCACCGACAGUAUUACAUCUGUCACCGGGGCAGAGCAGCGCUUCCCAAGGAAGACCAGGCUUUACCGCCAUGUCCUCGGUGACCAACAUGUCAGGACCCACUCGGUUCCCUGCUGUUAGCUCGGCCAGUACUGCUCAUCCCAGUCUUGGGUCCACAGUGCAGUCUGGGGCAUCGGGAUCAAACUUCACGGGAGACCAGCUGGCACAACCAAACAGGACUCCGGUACCGGUCAGCGUGCCCCAUCGUCUUCCAGUCUCUUCUUCCAAACCUACCAGCACUUUCAGCAACACCCCGGGAACGCAGCAACAGUUCUUCUGUCAGGCUCAGAAAAAGUGUUUGAACCAGACCUCCCCAACUCCCUCAUCCAAGAGCACAGACGGCCUGAGGCAGCCACAGAUCCCUGGACUCUUGAGCACAGCACUACCAGGACAGGAUUCUGGAAGCAAAGUUAUGCCAGCACCCUUGGGGACCGCCCAGCCACAGCAGGAAAACUCAGUUGGAUCUUCCCCUAGCCAGACAACUGUGCAGGUGGACGGUCAUUCGGGACAGAAAAGGCCUGCCACCAAACAGCUGACUAAAGGAGCUUUCAUCCUGCAGCAGUUACAGAGGGACCAAGCCCAUGCUGUGACACCUGACAAAAGCCAGUUCCAAUCACUGAGUGACACAGUGCAGAGACUGCUCUCCUACCACGUGUGCCAGGGCUCCAUGCCCACGGAGGAAGACCUGAGGAAAGUGGACAAUGAAUUUGAAGAAGUCGCCACCCAGCUCCUCAAAAGGACCCAAGCGAUGCUGAACAAAUACAGAUUCCUGCUCCUAGAAGAUGCCAUGAGGAUCAACCCCUCUGCUGAGAUGGUGAUGAUCGACAGGAUGUUCAACCAGGAGGAAAGAGCUUCCCUGUCUCGGGACAAGCGGCUGGCACUCGUGGAUCCUGAGGGUUUUCAGGCCGAUUUCUGCUGUUCCUUCAAACUUGACGAGGCUGCACCCGAGACACCACUGGACAGGAGUGACCAGCAUCGCAGCAGAACCAGCUCGCUCCAUCAGGGGCCCAGGGCCCAAAGCAGAGACCGAGCCAAGCCGGGCAUGGCAGAAGCCGCGAAUCAUGACCAGUUUCAUCUAGUGCCUAACCACGUCGUGGUCUCUGCAGAGGGAACCAUUGCUAAAAAGUCGGAAGGCCACGGUAGAACACUGAAAUAUGACAAAGGGGGCUUAGGCCAGUACCGGGGUGCACCUGAGGACAAGGGCAGCCGGAGGGACCCCGCCAAGGCCAGCGGGUGCUCUCCAGGCCCCGAGGGCCACCGCAAGACUAUGCCCAGGCCGGAUCAUGGCUCCGAGAGCAAGCUCCCGGGCAUGCUGGCCGGCUCGCACCUGGAGAUGCCGUGCCUCGACUCCUUCCAGGACAAAGCCCUGAGGAAUUCCCCAAAGAAUGAGGUUUUACACACAGACAUCAUGAAAGGGUCGGGUGAGCCCCAGCCGGAUCUCCAGCUCACCAAGAGCCUGGAGAAAACCUUUAAGAACAUUCUGGAACUCAAGAAGGCGGGCCGGCCGCAGAGCGACCCCGCGGCCAGCGGCGCCGUGGACCUUGACUUCCCCAGCUUUUCUCCAAUGGCUUCGCAGGAAAACUGCCUGGAAAAGUUCAUCCCGGACCACAGUGAAGGCGUUGUAGAAACGGACUCGAUUUUAGAAGCCGCUGUAAAUAGUAUCCUUGAGUGUUAGUAGCAGCCGCCCUCCCCAGACCCCGCCCCGGACCAGUUACAUUCUCUCCCAGCAAAGCAAAUGGAAACGUCUCCUGUCUCCAGCCUGCUUGGUCCUCCAUCACAGGUUAUCCUUUCUAAUCUCGACCCUGUUCUUUUGAAGAGCAAUACACGUCGUCGUGGCUGCAGGGAGACCCUCAGUAAACCCAUCUCUCUCUAGAAGGCAGCCCGAUAGGCCCUACACAUUUCAAGUGUUACGAAAGUGCUUAUGGCCAUUGUUGUUGUUCGUUUCCUUGUUUCGUGGUUUGUUGGUUUUUUAGCACUGUCACUCGAUGAGACCACAGUACACUUGACCCUGGGUAAAAUUUUGACAAUCAUAAGUCAUUUCAAAAGAACAGACUUAUUAAAGAAAAAUCAAACAGGACUGAUAGAAGCUACUUUUUUAAAGAAUUUCUCACUGCAGCUCCAAACUAGUGGUUCUGUUUUUGUUUGGGGAAAAGGGUAUUUGUGAAGGGAAGUCCGCAUGACUCCUCCAUGCUCUCUGAGCAGUGGGGGCCAGUUGCUCUGCCUGGAACCCCACAGCCCUGGCCAGCGAAGACAGCUGUAGCAUAGACGCAGAGCGUUUGUAGCCCUCCCUCUUGAACAUCUGAGUGUUUACUGAUGCUGCUGAAGCAAAACCUUCCUUUGUCUUUAGCACAUCCAUGUUGACUUCCAUCUGAGAAAGCUCUGUUCUUAGUCCCAGGUAAUACAAGCUCUCCCAAGCUCAGUAGGGAACAAUGGGAACCAGUCAAAGGCAGCGAGCGGGCUGGGGAGGCUGCUGGAGCCAGUGGCAGUGUAUGUAACUCGAAAGAGUUUGCAUUUAUAAUCGGGUGAAGUCAGCAUACCUUGUGUCUUUGAUUGUUGCUGAAUUCUGUUUCGUUUACCUCUUUACGUCCUCGCCCUCAGCGAAUAGCCAAGCCUCAGGAGUGCUGGCACCCAGAACUGUCUUCUGUUCCUUCAGUUGAAACUUUUGAAGGGGACUCUGGCCUUCUUUGUGCUUCCUGUUUCUGAGAACAGUAGUCAGCACUGGCAUUGGUCAUUCCCGACACAGUAAACCAAGGGCAACAGCCGACAUGUCACCACGGAAAGAGAGGACCACCCACGUGGGUGACCCGUGUUCGAGGUAGCGAGCCUUCCCAUUUCCCUCGUGGGCCUGUCCCAGGGCAUGAUGUUUCUGUUACGGCUUUCGUUCUCUGUGUCAUAACCAUUGCAGGGAAAGCCAGGUCACGGGCCAUGUGUUUGCACACGCAGCUCCUGCCACACCGCCCACCUGUCUGACCCUCUGUUCAUCCCCCAGCUCUGUAAAUGCACCCAUUGAUUUCCACAUUACUAGAUCCCCAAAAUGGAGCUGUCCCCAUGGUCAUCAUGUUGAGUGUUUCUUUUCCAGACUGGCCUGAAGUGGAAAGGAAGGCUUUUGAUGUUUUUCAAACAACAUAGCCACAUAGUCUAGGCAUGUUGGCACACGCCUGUAAUCCCAGCAGUCAGGUGGCUGAAGCAGGAGAGUCACGAGUUCAAGGCCAGCUUGGGCUACAUAACACACCCCUGUCUUUAAAACAAAAGAAACUGAGCAACAGCAGACUGUGUGUUCCCCCUUUACCCCGCGGUCCGCUACAGAAAGAAGCCCCGUGAGACAGCCAGUCUUCAAGAGAGCCUUGGACCCUCGCCCAGCCCAGAGCCCAGCCAAUCAAACUAGGAAACCCUGGGCUAUCUUAGAGUUACCCUUUUUCCCUUAUUUGUGCCAAUGUCCAAGAUGCUGACUUCCCUCCUGUAUUAUAACCCGUUAGAAAGAUGAGUUGUUUGCCAGUCAGAAUUCUGUUUGGGCCACCCUGGGUCAACAGCCUGCCCUAUCCCUCUGAUGUCACAGGCUCUUCUCAUAGCCUCGGUUGCCUAAUUCAAGAUGGCCCCUGGACGCCUGCACAUGGCUACUAAUGAAUUACAUGAAUUAUUGCAAAUCAGUGGAAUUCUUGAGACAAGAAAAGUCUCGUGUGUAUUUGUUACCUCCUUCUCCUCCUCCAACCCUUCCUACCCCAAACCUAGCUUUCCUAUAUGUCAAAGUACAGGGCUUCUGAGCCCUAACAUUGGUCCCACAACGGAAAGCCUAACGUACCAAAAUGAAACUUGUAAAUUUUUGUGUCCUUGUAUGUAAGUUUACUUUUUAUGGAGGAAAGACUCUGGAUAAUGACAAAUGAAGAUUACAAAAUGUAUUUUACCCCUGUGAUUAGGUUACACCACGCGGGUCAUAACUCAUGGACGAGCGCCCUCUGGUGAAGGGAAGCACCUGCCUCAGUGGCCAGCACUUGGUGUUUAGGUUCGUUAGUCAGUUGAGUCCUCGUGCUCAGUAACACAAAUCACUUUUUCUUUUCUUUGUUUUUAAUCUGUUUGUCGUUGUGGAAAAGUAUGGAUUUGUUAUUACGCAUUGAUUUUCUGUGUCCCUAAGUACUGCCUAAAGAUGAAGCGAAUUUUGAACUGGCAAUUACGAAAAGGAAAUCCUUUAGCUCUGGAGAAUUUAGUAGACUCUGUUAGAUUAGGGAGGCCUCACAGGCUGGCCGGCGCAGAGGACGGUCACUCACUGUCAGUGUGGUGUGGGCUUUAUUUGCUUAAAUACCUUCAUUUGUAUAGUAUGUCUCACUUGAAAUUGCUUUGUAUACAUUUUGUAAAAAUAUUUAUAAAAUGUUUUGUAAAAAAAAAAAGUAUAACAAAUUGCAGUUUAUUUUGUUAUGUUGGAUAAAUACUGUUAAACCAGUCAGUACCUAUAUUGUUAAUCCAUGGUUAGGAAAUGUUCAGUUGGAGAUUACAAAAUGAAACAACCAUUGCAAUACAGCCAAAGAUUUGGGAAACUG